AUGGAUUCAACCUCUUCUGAUUUAAAUGUUACCCGAACAACUACAAACGAUGCAAGUAAUCCAAGUUGUAGUGCCAAUGAUUUAGAUUCAUUAUAUUCAAAUACUUAUUUUGAUGUUUGUUUUGGUAAUUACCACACAGAUUCUGUCCCUUCUUUAAUGGCAAUUACUCCUUUAUUACCACAAUCUUCAUCCCAAAUAGCUAUGGCCAAUUCAAAAAAAUUGGGUGAAAGACGUUCAAGUUUAGCAUUAAAAAGAAGAUUUUCUGAUAAAUUAUUUUUUGGUCUUUUUGGAAGACGUAUUAAUGAAAACCCUCAAAAACAAAAACCAAAAUUUAUUGUUGGUGGAAAUGCUAAAUUAGGGAGGCAUGAUUCUGAUGAUGAUAAUGACGAGGAUGAUGACAACGAAUUAAAUAGACAUGAAAGCCAACAACAUUCCCGAAGAAAACGAAGGCCUUUGUCUCAAAGCUUUUCCUCUCCCUCGUUUCCUUUUAUCAACCCUCAAUGUUUAUCACCAACAGAUAAAAAUAAUAGAACGAUAAUCUCACCAGUAUCAAUCCCAACAACUCCAAUAAUUCAUUUAACAGACAUGGCAAUUAAUAGAAAAUUUAAAUUGGGAAUGACACCAAGUCCAAGCCCUGCAGAAAGAAUUUCAAAUUUUAAACAAGUAACAAAACCCUCUACUUCUACUGAAAAUAUUUUAAUACAAGGAAAAAGAGCGAGAAGAAAUAGCCGCGUUUGUGGUCUUGCUAUUGGCUCUAAUCCUUUAGGUUGUGUUCCUCUCCAUCAUAGAACACUUUCAACAAGGAGGAGAUUUUCUGCAUAUGCCAGUAUUUCACCUCCUCCUCUUCUUAAUCGUUGGGGAGAAAACUUUGUUGUUGAUGAAAGUAAAGGAAAAGAAGAAGAAGAGGAGGAAGAAGAAGAAGAAAUAAAUGAUGAAAAAGUUGAAGAAGAAGGAGAAAAAAAUAAAAAAGUAGAAGAAAAUGAAGAUAAAAAAGUUUAAGGAAAAUCAAAAAAAUUUUUGUUUUAAAAUUGAAAUAUUUAAAUUGAAGGCAAAAUGGAAAAUAAUCCAAAAAUGAAAAAU